AUGCCUUCCAUAUUUCUUUUCUCACUAUUGGCUGGACUCUGCCUAUCUCCUACGUCCAAUGCCUCACCGGCCACAGCGCGAGAUAAUGAUCAUCUCCCUCAGCCCAUCGUUCCGAGCAAAGAUCCUUGGUAUACGGCUCCUCACGGCUACGAAGAAGCUUCCCCGGGUAGUAUCCUGCGUAUUCGUCCUGCGCCUGGCAAUCUCACCGCCGUUAUAGGUAGUAACUGCUCGGCAGCGUACAAUAUCCUCUACCGCACGACGAAUAGCUACCUUCAGCCGGCCUUCGCAGUGACGACUGUCUUCAUUCCGAACAUGAACAUUGCCAAAAUCAACUAUACGACGCCGCUUCUCUCCUAUCAAAUUCCCUAUAGUACCGCAGAUCUGGACGCUUCUCCCUCCUACACCCUUUCCGCCGGCGGCUACCCGGACAUCCCCGUCGCCCUGGGCCAGGGAUGGAUCGUCAAUGUACCUGACUUUGAAGGACCGCUCGCCUCUCUUAGCCUGUCUAUCACAGAAGGCCUCGCCGUGGUAGACUCGAUCCGGUCUGUGCUCUCUUAUCAGCCAUUCCACCUCUCGCCCAAAACAACCCGCACUGCCCUCUGGGGCUACUCGGGGGGCUCUAUCGCAACCACAUUCGCACUUGAAUUCCAACCCACCUACGCACCAGAGCUGACUCUUCACGGCGCCGCGCUCGGCGGCCUUCUCACCAGCUUCAUCAGCGCUAAUCCCGCGCUCGACGGGACAGGGUUUGCUGGAAACUUGCCAGCAAUCUAUCUAGGUCUAACAUCGCAGUCCAGCAGCGCGCGACAAUUCCUCCUCUCCUCUCUGCAUCCCAACAACGCGUCUGAAUUUCUAGCUGCCGAAAAUAUGAGCUACUAUCAGGAUCUCACCUACUACCAAAACCAAAACAUAUCUUCAUAUUUCAUCAACUUGACUGCUUUUCUUCUGCACCCGGAAAUCCACCAACUGACCAAGAACAAUUGGGAGAUUGGGUGGCACGGGAUCCCGCAGGUUCCGUUGUUUGUGUACAAGGCUAUUCAUGAUGAGCUUGUGUAUGUGCAGUACACGGAUGCCAUGGUGGAUCGAUGGUGCGAGGUGGGACUAGAUGUGCGGUAUGAGAGGAAUACCGUUGGCGGACAUCUCGCCGAGUAUUACAAUGGGGUUGACCGAAGCAGGCAGUUUUUGACAUGGGUGCUGCAAGGCACCACAGAAGGUGAAGUCGUUCCGUAUGCGAGUGGGUGUAGCAUUGCGAAUGUGACCUAUGGCUCCGAUACAUCUCCAAUCUAG